UAUUGUUUACAUGGGCGGUAUUUCCGGUUCCACGCGACGUAAACAUAGCUGAGAGAAGAGAAAUGAUUUUUAUCAGUUUUGGAAGAUAAUUUGCUUUCUAAGAUCAAGGUGUUGCCUUAGUGCAACAUUAAACUUGCCGACAACUUCCUGAGAGACUAACGUCGUCACUGAGAGUGAAUCCGUGUAAAUGGCGUCGACAAAUGAUCCAUUUCAGUUUCAAGAAUUUGAAGAAGCUGGCAAUCUGUUAGAAGCAAACAGAGAUGCAGUCACCAUUAGCAUUGAAGAUGAAGAUACCAAACGUGAGAAUCAGAGGAAAGCUGCUGGUUUCAUUCCUGAUGAUGAUGACAAGGACCCACUUGCCGAUGAUGACAAGACAGAGCUUCUCUCCGGGCAAAAGAAAAGUGUCCCUUUCUGGACGUUUGAGUACUACCAAAGAUUUUUUGACAUCGAGACCCAUCAUGUGAAGGAAAGGAUCCUUGGAUCAAUGGUGCCGUGGCCUGGAAAGAACUUCAUUAAUGUCUAUCUUCGAAGAAAUCCUGAUCUUUACGGACCAUUCUGGAUUUGUACCACUCUCGUGUUUGCCAUUGCCAUCAGUGGAAACCUGUCCAACUUUCUGGUGCACUUAGGCAAACCACACUAUAAGUAUACCCCAGAGUUUCGAAAAGUGACCAUAGCUGCAACAGCGAUCUUCAGCUAUGCCUGGCUGGUGCCUCUUGCCCUCUGGGGUUUCCUGCUGUGGAGAAACAACAAGAUCAUGAACUUAGUGUCAUACUCCUUCAUGGAGAUCGUCUGUGUGUAUGGCUAUUCCCUUUCAAUUUACAUUCCAGCAGUGGUCCUGUGGAUUCUCCCGUAUGAAUGGCUGAGGUGGUGCUCCAUCGUGGUGGCCCUGUGCCUCUCUGGCUCAGUUCUGGCGUUGACCUUCUGGCCUGCAGUCCGCGAUGAUCACCCCAAAGUUAUCAUAACAGUCAUGUCAGCCGUUGUUUUGCUCAACGUUCUGCUCGCCGUUGGUUGUAAGGCCUAUUUCUUUAGCAAACCAGAACCAGCACUACCAGUUGAAAAUUUAGCUACAACAAAGGGGAUCAAGGUGCCGUCUUCGACAUGAAAGCCUGUCAUUGUCUGAAGGUUCUCCUGUUUCCUUAUUAGAGAGAAUCGGGUUGCUGUGGUGAUGAAGUCACGGGUCGUCUGGAUUUCACCUGCACUCGGACGUUCUGGCUCAAGACCUUAGAACUCAGUGUGUAUGUUUGUUUCAACUGAGUGACCUCUGAAAACGAACACUGGUACCAAGUACUUUAUUUCUAAUGGCAUGGGUUCUAAACUUAAAGAUAAAUGGGGUCUGAUGUUACUCAGCACAUAAGAUGUCUUUUAGUAUGGUAGUUUUCUGCUUUAUAGUUCCUCUGUUAAAAUGUUUAGAUAACCAGUUUAUGCAGUAAUGUUGGUGGCAUCAAAGUGUUUUGUAUAUGCAUUUUUUCUAUUCCGUUAAUGGCAACUGGCUGUGAUACUUCAUGUGAAGGAUUUCCUGUAAACCAGGUGUGGGUAAGAUAUUAAAGGGUUGGACGUAUUAUGUACAAAUAGAGUUAUUGUAUUUUCCACCAACUGAUAUAACCAUUAAGUGCCCUCAACUAAUGCCAAAGACCCAGUCUAAAUGUCCAAGGGAUUUGUAGCCUGUAUAACUAUUUUUUUAAUCAAUUUGUUUUUAUUGUGACAAACUACAUUUGAUAUAAUGUAUAAAAUGUAAUAUGUCCAUUCCCAAUGAAUUUUUCAUAGGAAAAAAAUAAUAAUAAAAAUGAUCAAUGUAUAGUCAACCUGGAACCUAUUUUCAAGCGCAAAUUAAACUCUAUGAGCAGAUUUUUCUCAUACUGUCU